UCCAGAAAACAAGCUUGGAUCAAUUAUUGGUGCUAAGGAGACGUAGAAGACUAAUCCGUGCGAGACGAAUGGUACUGAUUAAAACCCUGAGAAGACGGAGGGCUAUGAGGUGGAUACAUCCACGUGCGCAGCUAUGGUGGGAUGUUAUCGUUCCUGACUUUAACAACGAGCAGUUUAUGAGGAACUUUCGGGUGUCACGGGAGUCCUUUAACUACAUCUGUCGUAGUCUAGGUCCCACUUUGAAAAAGAAAAAGGCCAACCACCGUUUGUGUGUACCUGUGAAUAAAUGUAUUGGCGUGGCACUGUGGAGACUGGCCACCAACACUGAUUGCCAGAGAGUGAGUCACCUUUUUGGCGUUGGUAUUGCGACUGUUUGGCACUGCGUUCAGGACUUCUGCAAUGCUGUUAUAAAAGUGCUGCUUCCUGAACACCUCAAGACCCCAGAUGCUAGGAAGUUGGUAGAGAUGGCAACGUUUUUUAACAACAGAUGGGGAGCACCUCAAUGUGUUGGAGCAAUAGACUGUAGCCACAUUCCCAUAACAGCACCAGAACUGUACCCAAAAGACUACUACAACAAGAAAGGGUGGCAUUCCAUCAUAAUACAGGCUGUUGUUGAUGGAAGGGGUCUGUUCUGGGACGCGUGUGUCGGCCAUCCUGGGAGUGUGCAUGAUUCACGAGUGCUUAAACGGUCAUACCUAUGGGAAAUGACAAGCGAUGGACAGUUUUUCAGCCAACACACUGUCAGUAUCUCUGGUCAUGAUGUAGGACACUACUUAAUUGGAGACCCUGCAUACCCGUUGAAAACUUGGCUGAUGAAGCCAUUUUCUGAUACAGGUCAACUUACCCCACAGCAACAGAGGUACAAUGUCAGAUUAAGCAGCGUGAGGGCAAUCGUGGAGACGACUUUCGGGAGACUAAAAGGCAGAUGGAGGUGCCUAUUAAAGAAAAAUGACUGCCAUUUGGAUCUUAUGAAGAAGAUGGUUCUGGCCUGUUGUGUGUUGCACAAUAUUUGUGAAGAGCAUGGGGAUCAGUGCAUUGAUGAUGUUCCAGUGGUGCAUGUGAACAUGGAGCCACAUGUUCGCAUGUUACAAGAAUGUCAACAAGCGGAAGGAGCUGAUGUACGAGCUGCAUUGCUAGUGUAUUUUAACUCUGUCUGAUAUAUUGACCAAAACUACUGCUCUUUACAACACUAUCACAUGCACCCAUUGCAUUCAACAGUACACAGUCGUUGUUGUUUAUUUAAAAAAUGUAA